GUGGCAAUAAAAAUCAUUGAUAAGUCUCAGCUGGAUGCUGUGAAUCUGGAGAAGAUCUACCGAGAAGUGCAGAUAAUGAAAAUGCUUGAUCACCCACACAUUAUAAAGCUCUACCAGGUGAUGGAGACCAAAAGCAUGUUGUACCUUGUGACAGAAUUUGCCAAAAAUGGAGAAAUUUUCGAUUACCUCGCCAGCCAUGGCCGCCUAAGUGAGUCUGAGGCCAGGCGCAAAUUCUGGCAGAUCCUCUCAGCAGUGGAGUAUUGCCAUGGUCGAAAGAUUGUUCACCGUGACCUGAAGGCUGAAAAUCUUUUGCUCGACAACAACAUGAACAUCAAAAUAGCAGAUUUUGGAUUUGGAAAUUUCUAUAAGAGUGGUGAACCUCUGACGACAUGGUGUGGAAGCCCGCCAUAUGCAGCCCCAGAAGUCUUUGAAGGACAGCAAUACGAGGGACCCCAGCUGGAUAUCUGGAGCAUGGGUGUAGUUCUUUACGUUUUGGUCUGUGGAGCAUUACCUUUUGAUGGACCAACACUCCCCAUACUGAGGCAACGAGUUCUUGAAGGAAGGUUCAGGAUCCCUUAUUUUAUGUCAGAAGAGUGUGAACAUCUGAUUAGAAGAAUGUUGGUCCUAGACCCAUCCAAACGGUUAACUAUUGCUCAGAUUAAGGAGCACAAGUGGAUGCUUAUAGAAGUUCCUGCACAGAGACCUAUUCUUUAUCCACCGGGAGAAGAGAAUGAGCCUUCCAUUGGAGAAUAUAAUGAGCAGGUCUUACGGCUAAUGCACAGCCUUGGAAUAGACCAACAGAAAACUAUUGAGUCUCUGCAGGACAAGAGUUACAAUCACUUUGCUGCUAUCUAUUACUUGUUAGUGGAAAGACUCAAAUCACAUCGAAGCAGCUUCCCCGUGGAACAGAGAGUUGAUGCUCGUCAGCGACGGCCAAGUACCAUCGCUGAGCAGACUGUAGCCAAGGCACAAGCUGUGGUACCCUCAGUUAACUUGCAUUCACAAAAUGCAAGGUUGUUGCAGUCUCCAGGUAUUCCCUCAGCUUCAGGAGCAGAAGCCUUUUCAUUCCCUCCAUCCAACUGCCAGGGAGAGACAGCAUUCAUGGAGGAAGAAAGAGUUGAGACACCAAAGGUAAACGGCUGCCUGCUAGAUCCUGUACCCCCUGCAGUGAUUAGGAAAGGAUGCCAAUCACUGCCCACCAGCAUGAUGGAAACUUCUAUUGAUGAAGGAAUAGAGACAGAAGGCGAGUCAGAAGAUGACCCUGCACAGGCGUUUGCAGCCCUCCAAGCAGCUCGCUGUGGGAAGCGACGUCACACUCUGGCGGAAGUUACCAACCAGCUGGUGAUGAUGCCAGGCACAGGUAAAGUCUACUCAUUGGAUGAAAACUCAUCUCUGGGCAGUAUUGAUUCAGAGUAUGACAUGGGAUCUAUUCAGAGAGAUAUUAAAUUCCUGGAAGACACCCCUUCCCUGAAAGAAAUGGUGCUAACUAACCAACAAGCACCCAGAAUGACACCUUUCAUAGGUCUGAGACCUGCCAAUCCAGCCAUGCAAGCACUUGCCUCCCAAAAGCGAGAGACCCACAACCGCUCUCCUGUCAGUUUCCGAGAGGGGCGCAGAGCUUCUGACACAUCCCUCACACAAGGAAUUGUAGCAUUUAGACAGCACCUCCAGAAUCUGGCAAGAACCAAAGGAAUACUGGAACUGAAUAAAGUCCAGUUGCUGUAUGAACAGAUGGGAUCAGAAGAAGAACCUUCUCUGUCAUCAACUGCCACCCAGUUGCAGGACCUCAUUAAUAGUCCUCCGCAGGAGGAAGCAUCUCAGCAGCAGGAAGCUGCAUCUGCUUUCCCUAAUGGUGCACAUCCCCCAUUACUAUCCAGACGGCAGAGCUUAGAAACACAGUACUUACAACACAGGCUCCAGAAACCUACUCUACUAUCAAAAGCUCAGAAUACUUGCCAGCUGUACUGCAAAGAAUUGCCCCGGAGUCUGGAACAGCAGUUACAGGAGCACAGGCUGCAUCAGAAGAGACUCUUUCUCCAGAAGCAGUCCCAGCUGCAGGCCUAUUUUAACCAAAUGCAAAUAGCUGAGAGCUCAUACCCAAGGUCAAGUCAACUGCCACUUUCAUGCCAGGAGGAGCAACAACAACAGCAACAGCAGCCAUCAUCCCAGUUUAGCCUGCAGCAGCCCCUGAGCCCUGUGAUGGAGCCUUCCUCAGAACAAAUGCAAUACGACCCCUUCCUCAGCCAAUACCAGAAGGUACAGCUAGAUCCACUGCCACCCUCACAGAUCACCAGCUCAUCACGGUUGUCAUCACCAGUCCAGGUGCAGCAGCCACCACAGUCCUUACAAUAUUCAUAUGAGACUUGUGAAUUGCCUGUUGUCACCUCUUCUGAGCCAGACUACCCAGACCAGUGCCAGUAUUCCAUGGACCCAGCACAACAGAGCAGUGUAGCAUUGCCUGACAGCCAGAGCAGCUCAGCACCUCAUGAGUCCCAGUCAAACUAUGAUGCAUUAACCCUCUCGGAAUUGCCUGGACUGUUUGAUUGUGAAAUGAUGGAGACUGUAGAUCCUCAGCACAGUGGCUAUGUCCUGGUGAACUAA